UUUGUUUUGGUUUGUUGGAUAAUACCGAAAAAAGACUCAGCAGACCCAACUCUCAGCUGCACAGCUCUGUGUAUUCAGACGCGCAAGUGUAUUUUUGACAUAAGAAACGUAAAUAUUAACUUAGAUUUUUUUUCGGAUCCAGGAUUGUUUAACGAAAAUAACAGAGAGGCAUGCAGUUCUUUCCAGCCCUGAGGUGUCCCACAGUCCAACUCUUCAAUGGUCUGGAAAUCCCAGUACUUGGAUUAGGUACAUCUCAUCGAGGCGGAUACUCACAUGAUGCCAUCCUGUACGCUCUCACUGAAUGUGGUAUUCGCCACCUUGACACAGCAAAGCGGUAUGGCUGUGAGAAGAAGCUGGGCAAAGCUAUCAAAGAGAGUGGGCUGCAACGAAGUGAACUAUGGCUCACUAAUAAACUCUGGCCUGGGGACUAUGGAUACAAAGCUGCAAAAGAAGCCUGUCUGGACUCCUGCACAGCAAUGGGGGUUGAAUAUUUUGAUCUGUACCUGAUGCAUUGGCCGGAGCCAUUUAAACCUGGUGGUUCUAACAGAGAGAUCAGAGCUGACACAUGGAAAGCUCUGGAGGACCUUUACAAAGAAGGGAUUUGUCGUGCUAUUGGGGUGAGUAAUUUUGUGGUCCACCACCUGGAGCAGUUGAAGGAAGACUGUAGUGUUGUGCCACAUGUUAACCAGGUGGAGUAUCAUCCUUUCCAACAGCCCAAACACCUGAUGGAGUAUUGUCGGAACAAUGGGAUAGUGUUUGAAGGCUUCAGUCCCCUGGCCAAGGGUCAAGCCCUCAGCGAUCCUGUCGUGCAACAAAUAGCAAAAAAGCACGGACGAACGACUGCUCAGAUCUGCCUUCGCUGGAGUAUUCAGAAUGGAGUUGUCACUAUUCCAAAGUCCAUCAAAAAGAACAGGAUACAGGAAAACUGCCAAGUGUUUGGGUUCCAACUUGAUGAGGAAGAUAUGGUUGCUUUAGGAAAUCUACAUGAUGGACGACACAUAAGUUGGGAUCCGACAAAUGUGGAUUAAAAUUUACCAGAUCUAAUGCUCCUUGAACAAAUAAUGUAAAAAGAGCAUUACAGAGGAAAUGAAAGCUAAUCUGUCAGAAGAAACAUCCUGGUUAUUGUCACUGGAGCGGUAGUGGGGCGAGGGGGAGAGAAGACCCAAACCUGUUCUAAAAUCUCAACACUACGACCAGGUACAGCACAAUUAAAGGGGAGUAACCAAAACAAAAAAAAAAAAAAAGAAAGAAAAAAGAAAUUAAAAAAAUACAAAGAAAAAUGAGGGUACGUUUCCUACAAUACAAUCUAUCACACACGAAAAAACAUCUCCAUAUAAAUUUUUCCAAAGUUACAGAUUUUUGUCUUCUUCGGAAGCAUAUUCUAUAAAGAACAACUUUGUUUGAACACAAAAGAUUUAAGUGAACACACAUCAAUGCACACAGAGGUCCUUCGUCUGGGAAAGGAUAAAGUCUGUGUUGGCAACCAGUGGACAGAAAAACAAAUAAAAAAACAAACAAAAAAGAACAACAUUUAGCUGAUUCUAAGUAGAGAUCAUUUAAUAUAAAUGCUGAGCAAGUAGAGUAAGAGGUGGCACAUUAAUAGUGCUUUAGUAUAUUAAUGUAUGUAUACAUACUCAUAUGUAUAAGUGAGCUGUGUACCUAAACAAUAAAUGUAGCAAGGAGCAGCCCGAGGCUUUUAAGUGUGGAUGGAGAGAAAACAAAAUAGCAACCCUUGUGCUGACAAAUUGAAAGAGGCGCCCUACAAUACCUGAUGUUUAUGCCUUGAACUGACUCAUCAGUAAUCAGGGAUUUGUCCGACAGUUUAUAAGCAAAAAUGAGGGCUCAAUACAACAACUUGACUCAGAGCAACUCUUUAUCUUUUUAACCGUUCGAGCACAUGAACUCAUGCUAAUUGUUUACAGAAGGCAGAGAGCUCCGUGUUGAGAAUCAGUGGUAAACAGUUCAUCUGUUAAAGAAAGAGCUAUCGCAGUAGUAAUGGUGGUGAUGAAGACAGCACGGGAUGGUAGAACCAAUAUUAAAUUGACUUUUUGGUCAGUUGUCGUAAAUGCACUUCAGGACAGUUUGGAAGAAGAAGCAGAUUUGCCUCUUCAGUAACUAACACUGCUGUUCUUCAAGCUGUAAACAGGUUUUGCGAAUCCAUUGUUGAGCCUCAACAACAGGAAGAUUUCCCAGGAUUAGCAGAAAAUGCAAAUAGUCUAAAGAAAGGAGGACACAUUUUCAGCAAUGGUUCAUUGCUAAAGUUUUCAGGAGAUAAGCUGCACCGCCCCAAAAUUGCAACAAUGUAAAGCAAACAAUCAAAAUUAAGCAAAAAAAAAAAAAAAAACACAAGGGAAGGCAACUUCAUAGAAG